AUGCUACUAGAAGGGUCUCACAACGGGUCUGGAGUGGGUACUCAGUAUAUUCGCCAGGGCGUCUUCGUAACGACGGUAGCUUCACCUCAGAAAGAACUGCUAGUGCAGCAAACACCCAGCACAGCAAUUCUCCACUCGGGAUUAUGGAUCAGAAGGGCUACACUGCGGAGUUAUGUUGAAAAUACUGAUACGACAAGGGGAAUUGAUCUAGAAGCACACUCCAAUGUCGAUGAGUGUAUCCCGAUUUGCCUCCCUGUCCAUGGAAGCCGGCUUCCUGCUUUGCACCAGCCAACCUCACGGCAAUGUCACGACAACAAAUCAUUUUUUGAUGUACUCAAAGAUCUUCUGAGGGAGAUGCCUUGGUUUUCGUGGUCAAACCUGCUGUAUUGUAUGGACUUAAGAGUCCCAGUUGGGAUGCAUUAUGUCAAGUUUCAACUCCACCCUGACGGCUUUGCCUGCGUAUCCGACCGACCAGAAUACCCCCCCGAAUCAGAGUCUGCCAGAUACCGACCGACAAGGAAUUCCAUCGAACCGAUUCCUUCACAUGUUUUCCUCAGCUACUAUGAACAAACACUAGACUUCGGGACAGAUCCCCGAAGUGUAUUAGACCAGAUUGUUCACAAGCUUGACGGUCCAUUUUCCUCUCUACAACCAGUCGAAGAAGGUUAUGGCUUGGAAAUCGAAGAGGGACCAAAUCUUUUCCGCCUGUGGAUCCUAAAGCUUUCUUCUGUUGUUGUAUCUGUUUUGGUCGGAGUCGGCUGGUCGGCUUCAGGAAGGGAUAUCCAGAGUGGAUUUGCCAUGACAACCGCUAUUUUACUGGUUUUGUUGGCAUUUGUGGAAGGCCUAUCGUUGUUAGCUUCUUCUUGA